AAAAUUUAAUAAUUCAGAGUUUAAUUUAGGUGGAUUCAAUUUUCGAUUUUUCAAUCCAUUUUGGUUUGGAUGAAAAAAAAACUGACAAUUAAAAGUUUAUCCGAAUAAUUGAAAAUAAAAAUUUAGAAUUGUAUAAUUUGAGCUUUGUUGAAAGGAGAUGAUACUGGAUUGCGGAGUAGUGGCACUUCAAUGGCGGCCGCGUCGGAGCAUUAAGACUCUCUGUAAUUCGGCUUCUCCGUCUCUUACGGCGGAGCAGCUCCGCCAACAGCUCGAUACUCUUCACAAGGAGGCAGACACCACAAGGAUCAAAGCCAGUAAUGCAAGGCUGAGACUCAUUCGGUUAUCCGAAGCAGUUGAGAAGAUUAGACGGCAAGCAGCGGUUAGUGUUCAGACGGGAAAGGAAAAUGAAGCAAGGGAGUUACUUUUUCAAAAGAAGAAAAUCAUGCAAGCCAUGGAGAAGUUGAAGACUCGUAUCGAAUUGUUUGAUCAGUUUUCUGUGAAACUGAAUGAGCUUGGUCUAAAGAAAAAGAUUAAGUUUCAGGCAAUCUCCAUGAAGGAAAGUCUACUUAUUGGGAAUAUGACUCUGGACCUUGAGGUUAGUGAGUCCGAACCAUCUAGUCCCGUUCGAAUUGUAUCACCGACAGAGGAAAACAUUACAGAUGACGACCUGCAAUUGGAUUCGGAUAACAUGGAAUUCGAAGAAGAUCAGGAAAUGCAAGUUUCAUCCGAGAAUCAAAGAACCACCCACAGUGAAAAUGGCUGUAACAGCCUCGAAGAUUCUGUCAGUGAAAAAAUGUUAAAUGACGCUGACGACGUCCGGGAUCCGAGGGAAUCCUCAACUUAUGAGGAUUUCGUGACACACAUAGAUCAACAGCUCAAAAAAAUCCAAGAAGAGCUUGAAACAUUUGUAAGGGUUUCAAACUUGUUUCUGGAAAGCAAAGAAAGGCCAGAGUAUUCGAAGGUACAACAUGCUACGGAAAUUCUCGAGGGCGUUUAUCAUAUAAGAGAAAGGAUUGCCAUUACCAAGCAAACAAAAUGAGCUCUAGGUCAAAUUGCCAUUUUGAUGGUCUCUUUUGUUUCAGAAAAUGACAUGAUGAAGGUAAGUUGCCUCUUCUUUUUCUUUUCUGUUUUCUUUUCAUUUUUUGGGGGUAACACUCUUUGUAUUGUUUUAAGGAUAAUUGGAGAUAAAUAUGUUGUAUAGAGUGAUUUGUGAUCUCCAAUAUUUGAUUCCAACUUGUAAAGAAUAAGUUAUUCAUGACUUACAAAAUUUUGAUUAUCUUAUCAAUCAUAGAAGUAACUUCUGGGUUAAAAA